AUGACUGGUAAACUCCAGACCAGCAACGUGACCAACAAGAAUGACCCGCGCUCCCUAAACUCCAGAGUCUUUAUCGGCAACCUCAACACAACCAUCGUCAAGAAGACAGACAUAGAGGUCAUCUUCGCCAAGUACGGCAAGAUAGUGGGCUGCUCGGUGCACAAAGGUUACGCCUUCGUACAGUAUUUGAACGAGAGGAACGCCCGAGCAGCUGUGGCGGGAGAGAAUGCCCGUAUCAUCGCUGGACAGCCUCUUGACAUAAACAUGGCCGGUGAACCAAAGCCGUACAGGCCCAAAGCAGGCUCCAAACGGCCGCUAUCGGCUGUUUACAGCGGUUAUGAAUUUGAUUACGAGUACUACAGGGAUGAUUUCUACAGCAGGCUUUUUGACUACCACGGCAGAGUGGCCCCCCCGCCAAGAGCCGUGAUCCCUGUGAAACGCUCCAGGGUGCUCGCUCCCUCCUCCCGCCGCGGGAAGACCUCCUUCCCCCUCAAAACAACCUCCUCUUCCUCCUCCUCAUCCUCCAGACCUCCCACAUCCUCCUCCUCCGGGCUCAAACCGGUGAAGACGGACCAGCUGCAGACUAUUAAACGGGAGCUCACUCAGAUCAAGCUGAAGAUCGACUCUUUGCUGGGACGCCUGGAGAAGAUCGAGAAGCAGCAGAGAGCCGAGUCCGAAGCUCAGAGAAAGUACGAGGACAACUGCGACUCCCUGCACGAGGAGUCCGUGUCAGAGACGGCGGAAAACUCUGGGGAGGAGGCGGGGGAGGGGGCGCUGGACGUGGAGGCGGGAGAGAUGACCGAUGGAGGCGAGGACGACUACGACGAGGAGGGAAACCACCAUCUGAUUGAGAACCAUGUAUCGGAUAUUGACAACUGAGAUCAGGAUGAGGCAGCAGACAACCCCCCGGUCAGUGGUAUUAGAAUUCAUCAUCACCUUCCAGAGACAGGAAAAGGAUCUCUGAAGGAUCACAACUCUCAUUCUGGACUGUAAGUUGUGUUCAAGAGAUGCUGAAUCACAUUUAGAUGCCCAACUGUGCAGCACAAAUCCAACGUGAUGUGCUCGCUAAAGAAAAAUGUAUUCAAGACCCAUUUUAAUGCAUCGGCCCCAUGGAUAUUCUGUGCAACUUAUGUUUCAUUGCAAGAGGCUGACAGUAUCAUGUGCUAAUCCUGUUUAUGAAAAAAUAAAAACAGAAGGGAAUGAAUGAAAGGCUUUUAUUCUGAUUUAUAAAUUGAAUUACGUGGGAAGAAGGGAUCAACCGUUGCUGCUUUGAUGAAAUGUGUUUGCACAAACUCUUUUGUUUUUUUGUGAUACAUUUCUGUUCAAAAAAUCGAAUGACUAAAGGACAGUCAGAACAAUCUCUAACCGCAGAAUGAUAUUCACAAAACGAAUGAAACACCGCUUGUCCUCUGGUUUCGGAUUUUGACUCAUGCAUAAACCAAUGUCUGCGAGCAUAACUUUAUCCAGCUUCUAUCCAUUUAUCACACUAAUGCCCCGUGGGGCUGUUCCAUCGUACAUUCCAACUCCUGCCAAGUUUCAGAAACAGAAAAAUGGGCUUCCUGUGGUAGAGAGCCAACACUGGCAUCGGCCUCCUGCCAGAGAGCAGAGCCCUGACGUCUCAAUGCGCUGCUCCCUGAUCAGCCUGUGCAUCCCGACAUGGACGGCUGCUGUUCAGGAGCCAA